AUGGUUGAGAUGAAAAUGAGAAAAUAUAUUCCCAAACGUAAACCUAACCCCAAAGGAAGAAAUAUUGAUCGUAGUGGCUUACCAACCACGGGUCAAUCUCCGAUCAACCUAGACGAUCGUUUAGUGCGAAAACGCAAAUAUCCUCCGCUUGUCUUAAAUGGUCACUGGUUAAACGAUGGAGAAGCACGACUGUUAAACACCGGAACUACAGCUAAAAUAUGGUUAACUGGAAAUAGAAUCCCAUCGACGAUUUGUGGCGGACCACUUUCGGACGACGUAUACGAGUUAAUGGAUGUGCAUUUUCACUGGGGCGAAGACAACUGCAAAGGUGCCGAGCACACGAUCAACGAUACUUGGUAUUCGAUGGAAAGUCACGUGGUACACUGGAACAGAAAAUAUGUAACCGUGGAAGAAUGUUUCAGACAUAAGGACGGAUUCUGCAUUCUGGCAUACCUAUUUCUAGUCCAACCAGAUUGUUGCAAUUGCAUUAAUCCGCAAUUGGAAAGGAUAACGGAGCACCUGAAGUAUAUUCUAGAUCCGGACAUGGAAACGAGAAUACCACCUAACUGUUUAGCAUGGAUGCGCUGGUCGACGUAUUGCACUAGAUACUAUACUUAUGCAGGAUCAUACAAUAUCGGUGAAUAUCCAGAGUGCGCUACUUGGAUUGUAUUUCCUGUAGUUAUACCUAUACGAGCCAGCGAAAUAAAAGAAUUUCGAAGACUGAGAGACAGAGAUGGAAACGACAUAAAGACAAACUGGCGAGAAAUACAAUUACUGAGAUGCAGGCAAAUCUUUUUGGCAAUCUCUUAAGUUCAUUUCAAGUCACGAGAAAGUUCUUUGUCUAUCCUUUACUGGUACAUUCUGGUAAAAUAUACGAGGAAACGAUGCGAAUAUUCGUAUUAUCGUUUCUCCCAAAAGUUCAUAAAUACGGAUAAAAAAUAUUUCUCUAUAAAGAGAAUCAUUGGCGGGAACUGUGCAAGUUCUUUGCUCCGUCUGAACUGUCUGAACUGUCUG